UCAUAAUCACUUAUCAUGUGUGAAGACAUUGCAGGAUUGGAAUGUUCAUAUUUAACCGUUUCUACAGAGAAUCAAGGAAAUGUAUCACUCUUUACUUGGUGGUUGACGAUUGGACAUAAUCCAAGGAGCAGUGUUACAAAUAUUAUUCAAUUUGUCAUACUUCUUAUAAUAACUAUCAUUGCCAUCAUAGCAAACAUCAUUGUACUGGUGGUGAUUGUUUCUAAUAAAAAAUUAAGCAGAAUACCAACACACCAAUACACAGCUGCACACAGCAUCAACUAUCUUUGGUUCAUUUGUGUAGCGCCAAUGUUACUUGCAUCAAGAAUGGCAUAUAGUUGGACAUUCAGCGUAGGAGUAUGCAAAGUGAUAUUAUAUACAUUUUCUGUGACAACUUUCAUUGCUAUAUGGAUAUUUGUAUUUAUAAGUAUGGACAGGCAUGUUCAUGUUGUGCAAAGUGUGAAAAAGAGCAAACUUUCGAAAAUUUAUCCAAAGAAUCCAGCUAUGGCAACUUUGAUUAUGGUGGCAUUCAGUGUGGUGUAUUAUAUUCCCUUACUACUUUAUUUUAACGUAUUUCGUGUUGUAGAACAUAGCAAAUGUGCUAAUGAAACAAAAUGCCACUUGGGCGAUCCUGAUGCAGAGAUAUACAUCUGCUCAUCUUUGUGGCCAGAUCCAGAAGGAGCAUUGGCAUGGAACUUGAUAAUGCUUUUCAUAGCAUAUUUAUUUCCGCUAAUGGUUAUAUGCUAUAAUUAUUGGCAAAUUUACUCAAAUGUAAAAAAAGUUGGGAAAAAAGUAAGAAAAAAGAAGAACGGACGAAGAAUUUCCAAAAGAGAAAUGGAAAUACGAGUAACUAGAACAUGUGGCAUGCUUGUUGUACUGUUCGUAUUGAUGUGGACUCCAAUAUUUAUUGUUCUUUAUUUUGUCCAAUAUGCCAGGGUACAAAGGAAAGAGUCCAAUGUCGUGUCUGCAGACACAUUUUACUGGAUAUUUUGUUUAACAUUAGCAAAUGCUACGGUUAAUCCAAUGGUUUAUGCAUUUUUCAACAAGAAAUUUUUAAAAGCUUGGGAAGACUAUAGAUUACCAAUGAUGGAAAAAUGUUCAUGUUGGCAAGAACUGGUGAAAAAGUCAAAAGCAUUAAAAGUUGAACCAACAUCUCAAAGUACUUCAUCUUCAAAAAAUAAAACAGGACGAAAAAGUAACAAAAACACAUCAUCUGAUCCAACACCUCUAAAAACUGUGUCAUGUAUUAUAAACAAUGCAACCCAUGAACAGGAAGAUGGCAGAAACAUUAAUGAAUGUAUACAAAAAGAAGUGGAAGUCAUUGUAUCUGCUCCGAAAGAAGAUGUUGAAUCAUAGCUAUAUUAUAACAAGAUGCUUUUUAUAUUCAUCAUUGAGCAAAAAAAAAACUGAUAAGGCAGCUUAUUCAUAUGGCAAGUACGUCUUCUCCGAUGAUCAAUCCCAGAGAUCC